AUGGGUCUGAAAGCUUUCCUCAAGAAAGAGCACAAAGCGCCUUCAAACGACGAUGUUGCUUCUCACACCACCGCAUCGGAGAAGGACGAUAUGGAGCAGGCAUACGGACACAACACCGACAUCACGACAGGGUGGACAGGCGAUGGAUUUGCUGGAGCAACUGAAUACCCUAAUGCGCCAGGAGAAAACUACCGUACACUGGGCCGAUGGCGAGCGUGCGUUAUCUUAAUUACGAUUGAAGUCGGAAUCGGUAUCCUCAGUUUGCCCUCUGCACUCAAGACGCUCGGCCUGAUACCCGGAAUCAUCGCAAUCCUUGGAUUUGGUGGAUUGACCACCUACUGCGGUUUCAUCCUUCUCCAAUUCUACCGGAGAUACCCAAUGGUGACAAACUUGGUCGACUGCGCAUUGUACGUCGGAGGCAAGCCAUUCGAAUACUUUCUUGGAAUCGCCUUUGUUCUCAACCUUGUUCUCAUCUGCGCUUCAGCCAACAUUACUCUGUCUGUCGCUCUCAACACGCUCUCGCGCCAUGCCCUCUGCACGGUGGCUUUCCUGGCAUUUCCCCACGUCCUCUGUUGGCUACUCUGCAUCCCACGAAAGCUCUCUUUCGCCGCCGCGGCUAGCUGGGUAUGCACAAUUUCUAUCGUGGCUGCGGUUCUGAUCGUCAUGAUUGCACUCGGUGUUGCUGGACCAAACGCCCCACCUGGAUUCGACGUCUCGAUAGAUUUGGUUGGAAAGCCUACUUUCGUCGAGACUGUCAACGCUCUGCUCAACGUUGCUUUUGCAUUCGCAGGAAAUCAGAGCUUCAUCAGUGUUAUGGCUGAGAUGAGAGACCCAUCCAAGGACUUCCCUCCUGCGCUCUUUAUGCAGAAGUCUUUCGAAGUCGUCAUCUAUAUCGUGGUUGCCUGUGUCAUUUAUGGCUUGGCAGGCGAUGCCGUUACAUCUCCCGCGCUCGGUUCGGCUCCUGAGUUGACGGCUAAGAUCGCCUACGGCAUUCUUAUCCCCUCCGUGCUGGGAACUGGCCUGAUUAUCGGUAUUACUGCCAUCAAAUUCAUGUAUAUUACCAUCAUGCGUACGGCAAAGCCUGAGCAGGUCAACGUUCACAACACAUUCACCUGGACUCUCUGGAUCGGCCUCGGCGCCCUUUUCUGGAUCGUAUCGUUCAUCAUCUCCAAUGCGAUUCCAAUCUUCUCAUCGAUUCUCAACAUCUCAUCCGCCAUCUUCAUCUCGUGGUUCACCUUCGGACUCACGAGCAUCUUUUGGCUGCAUCUGAACUGGAAGACUCAAUGGAGUACACCGCGAAAGAAGGCCCUGGCCGUUGUCAACUACGCCAUCAUGAUGAUGACCAUAUUUCUGAUGGUGGGAGGGUUAUACACAUCCUUGAAGGCGCUCAUCGACAUCUACAAUGAUCCUGAUAGCACCUUAAACGGACCGUUCACUUGCGCGGAUAAUAGUAUAUUUUAG